AAGGGCUUACCAAUUGUAAAACUGUGUUGACGACUUCCUUAUUAGACACCUGGCCAACUUCGAUAAGUCCUAUCAGAACGGCAAAUUUUAAGUUAUCAUUCAAUGCCAUUCUAACCACCUCUUCGGGGUGCUUAAUGUCACUAAGAGGUGGAGCACUUAGGUCCGCCAUCACGAAUAUAUUAAGGGCAAUUGUUAAUACACAAAUAUUUUGAUUGUACACAAACACUUUACACAAAACACGGAAAAUUUCGCAUCACAUGAUAGAAGCACGAAACACCACCUGCCAUGUUGAAACGAAAGUGACAGACCGGUUAUCUCUUCUUCCUUCCUUAUCGUAUAGGUAUUUUCGUUUUCUUCCCAGCGAACCAGGUGAAUUUUCCUAGAAUUGUCAAAAACAUAUGAGCGUACAACAUAACCUUAAACGUUCACAAAAUUUGCUACCAAUUUAGGACAUAAUGGGCGAAAUCUCUAACGGCACACCGGAAAUUAGCCACAGCUCGGCAAACAGCAAGCGUCUCGAUUACAUUUCGUGGCACGAAUACUUCAUGGCCACGGCGUUCUUAGCCGCAAAACGUAGCAAAGACCCCGUGACUCAAGUCGGCGCCUGCAUAGUCAGUGACGAAAACAAAAUCGUCGGUAUAGGCUACAACGGCAUGCCGAUCGGCUGUCACGACGACCACUUCCCCUGGGGCAAAGAAGGACACGAAACCAAGCACCUCUACGUGUGCCACGCCGAAAUGAACGCGAUCGUCAACAAAAACUGCACCACGCUAAACAAAUGCCGAAUGUACGUUGCCCUAUUCCCCUGCAAUGAGUGCGCUAAAUUUAUUAUACAAUCAGGUAUACGCGAAGUAAUUUACAUGUCCGAUAAGUACGCGCAGAAAUGCUCUACAAUUGCAUCGAAAAAGAUGUUUGAUGCGGCCGGUGUUGAGUAUUGGCAGUACACACCAAUGAAUAGGAGGCUGGUAAUUGAUUUUAGUGAAAUUGACUGGAACAGUAUGCAGCAAGUUCCUACAUCUCCCUUAAAAGAUCUGAAGUUGCAGGAGUCUUGACUGCUUUCAUUUUAGGUUUAUGUACGAAUUUUGAUUGUCGGUUUUUCAUUUUAACUAAUUGUACAAUAUCUGGAAUCUCAAACAUACCAAAUGUGUUCUUGUGCAUUAAUUUGUUUUAAUAAUUUCAUUUUAAAUUAGAAAGCAUGUAUCAAUA